UGGCGGAGCUUUUCAACCAUUUGAAAAACGGAAGACACACGUAAAGUUUAGGUUUAGCGGUUUUGAAAUCAUUGAAUAUUAUUUUCAUUGAAAUCGAAAGUGUUAAAAGCAAAGAAAACGGCAAUUCUCUAUUAAUUUAUUGUGAACAACUUUAAAUGGGUCAUUAAGUAAAGAACCAAAAUAGACGCAAAAAAUAGCAAUAAAAUUUAAAAUUUUAACUGUGACUUGUAUGACAGCUGAAGUGUGUACAUAAGUGGCCACAGAACGGGUGAAAACCCCAUAAAGAUAACAUAUAAUUAAUUUCUUAAAUACAAUAGCGUUGCAACUUUUCUUAUUGGAGACAUAUUUCUGUGCAACAAAAGAAACCCCGAAUAGUGCUGUUAAAAAAUACACAUAAAAUGCGUCCAUUUGGCAACGAUAUAACCAAUAUUGCCAACAACAAUGGCAACAGCAACGGUGGCGGAAACAACAAUAAUAAUAACAAUAACAAUAAUAGAGUUGCCACCAGCAAUGAGAUUAACGGAAGCAGCGUGCAGAUAACUGACGAUCCGCGCGUACCGCCACACAUUGCCCGUAUGGGAGGCAUAGUGACCUGUUCACCGAUUGCUGGACGCGGUAUCAUUCGAGUAGUUGGUCGGUGUGAAGAUGCAAAAGAGAACAAUAUGUUGAACUUGUCAGAAUGUCAGUUAAUGCAGAUUCCUGACGCAGUUUACCAUUUGAUGCGAAAUACCCAACUAAAGACUUGCGAUCUUAGCAGCAAUGUCAUCAAAAAGAUUCCCGCGAAAUUUGCGCUCAAAUUCAAUCUCAUCACUGACCUCAACCUCUCGCACAAUCAAAUGGCUAAAUUGCCAGAUGAGUUGGCAGAUCUAAAUGCGCUGGCGCACUUGAAUAUCUCACACAACUCCUUCAUUGUUUUGCCACCAGUUGUGUUUAAAAUGCCCAAAUUACGUGAAUUAGAUGCCAGUCACAAUGCCAUCAUCGAAAUCGACACUGAUGAGAUGAUCACAAGCGAUAACUUAGAAAUAGUUGACUUGAGACACAAUCCCUUGGGACGAACUUGCCACCGCAAAUUGAAAAAUGUCAACACAUCAUUUCGCCUCGAAAUAUCGGAGAUUAAUGAGGAUGAUGAUUGGUAGGGUUGUACGUUCUUCUGCGGAACCUGUAAAUAACUGUGUAAAGAAAUCAUAAUGGAUCGUUCUGCAAAAGGUUUCCUUAGGAUAGUUUCCUUAAACAAAAGAUCUAAUUUGAUUAAGCUGUAUAUGAUGAGCUAUUUUAGUUACUAAGUAAUAUUGAUUUAUAUGACCAUGGUUCAAUCAGAACUGUAAGGUACUUAUUUAGUCGUUAAGUGAUUUAAAAUGUUAGUUACUAUAUAAAGCAUAUCAAGUUUAACUAUAUUUAUAAGAACUGCUGAAUUAUUCAGUAAACUUCUACGAAAAACUAUACUCUUGAGUCGAGUAGCAAAGUAAGCAUUUUAAGCAACUAAAAGAGAUUGGCUACUUUAAAGUUUAAGUGCGCAUUAUUAGCACAAACUUAUGAAUUAACGGCUCUAAUGUACUUAAAAUUUAUUAUUUUUGUAUAAGAAAGCUUUAAAGCUUUCAAAGCACCAAUGCCAAAGAAACAAUUUAGGGAUAUUGAACGAUUUUAUCAACUGUGUGAGUUGUGUAAGCAUAAACCUAAGACAAACUGCAUAUAUACCUAACGUUAAGGUUUUACAUGUGAUUUCUUUUCUAAACUAAUUACUUUUAUUGUAAUUUCGAAAGAAAUGAAUAUAAAAAUAAUGAUCUUAGAAAUUUUGGUUACUUUAGAAGCAUUAUAAAACUAGUCAAAGAUGGUUUACGAUUUUUAUUUUUAAUUUUUUGAAACGACUGCCUUAAGAAAAGUUACUUAAUUUUCGGAGAACUCCUUCAUAUUUGGUUUACAUCCUGUGCUGUAUAAUUUUAAAUUGUCUAAUGUGUUAACUCAAAGAAGUAUUUCUUAGUUGUUUAGCUUAAUCUUUAUACGAUUUAUAAAUAAAGUUAUGUUUGCCAUUGAUGGUAAAGAAACACA